GAGAGAGAGAGAGAGAGAGAGAGAGAGAGAGAGAGAGAGAGAGAGAGAGAGAGACGCGAGCGAACAGAAGCGCGAGCUGCUCUCCAUGCCUUCAGUCUAGCGGAGCGGGCGAUGGAUGUGAGAUUUUACCCUGCACCUCCUUCAAGCGUGGGCUCCUGUACAUUACCCACCGACACCAGCCUCUCCUCUCUGGACUAUUACCACUGCAACAAGAGCAGAUACGGUGUAGGAGAUCGAGGUGUUAGGCUGUACGGCGCUUUACCCGUGAGGCCCAACCCUGAGGAGAAAAGACUGCCCUCUUCAGGGUUUGAUGGUGACAACAUGUACAUGAGUGAGAACAACCAAGAGUUCCUCUCCCCGAGUCAGCAGAGUUACUCAGGACAGGAAGGGGGCAGCGGGAACGGUGGAGGAGGAGGAGACGAGGACUACGAGAUACCUCCUAUAACCCCUCCGAAUCACCCCGAGCCGCCGCUGCUGCACCUGAUGGACCCCGAGUCCAGCUACCUGUGUCACUCCAUCCCUCACAACGGCCUGAUCAACCCGUACUCGUACCCCGAGCUGCCCGCUGCCCUCAUGAUGUCCAACAUGCUCGCCCAGGACGGACACCUGCUGUCCAGCCAGAUGCCCUCGAUGCCGAUGUUUGCGGGGCAGGCGGGCAGUCAUUACCCCCGUCACAGCCCCAUGAUAAACCCAUCUGCCCGGAUACUGCCCCAUCCCAUGAGCGCCCUGUCCCAGCUCAGCUCUCAGAUUGGCCAAGGCUCCUUUACUCACGGUUCCCCGUCAUCUUCAGGAAGUCAGUCAGCCACGCCCUCUCCCUCGAGCUCCGCCCAGGAAGAGGAAGCAAAGUACCACUCAAAGAUCACAGGAGAGAAGCGACCCUCCUCUGACAUGAUGAAGCCCAAGCCCAAACCUCAGAAGAAGAAGAAGAAGAAGGACCCCAACGAGCCGCAGAAGCCCGUCUCAGCCUACGCACUCUUCUUCAGGGACACUCAGGCCGCCAUCAAGGGCCAGAACCCCAACGCCACCUUCGGAGACGUCUCCAAAAUCGUGGCCUCUAUGUGGGACAGUCUGGGAGAGGAACAGAAGCAAGCAUACAAACGGAAAACAGAAGCAGCGAAGAAGGAGUACCUGAAGGCCCUGGCAGCGUACCGAGCCAGCCUGGUUUCCAAGACCUACAGUGACCCGGUGGAGAGCAAAAGCGCUCAGUCCAGUCAGCCGUCGCCACACAUGAUGCCCCCAACGCCCCUGUACAGCGUCCCACCCCAGCCCUCCUCCCCGUACCUGGGCCCCAGCCCCUUCCCUCUCUCGGACCUCCAGAGCUACGCGGCGGGGGCCCCCAGACACGGCCUGCCCCGGGCGGCCAUGCUGCCCGCGCUCAGUGCCUCGCCCCCAGCGUCCUUCCAGAUCAGCCCUCCCCUCCACCAGCAGCUCUCUCUGCACCAGGGCUCCCUCCUCAACCAGCCAAUCCGCAUGCAGCAGGUCCAGUCGCAGCCAAUCAUCUCUCACCAGAUGGGCCUCCAGGCUCCGCUGCACUCCCGGCCCCCAGGACAGCAGGGAUUCUCUCACUUACAGUCCGAGUAUCAGAAGAGCGUGGGGGGGUCUCAGUCUCCAGGGGCUCCGAACCCAGCGGGCCAGAACCCCGACUGGGACAGCGAGUACUGCAACCGGGAAUGCGGCGGAAACCACUGCAGUGGCAGUAUGAUAGGCAGGGAUAAGCCACUCUACCUCACUUGAAGCAAAACAAGGAGAACGGAAAGAGAAAAGAUGAAACAACACCAGGGAGUCCCCCGCACCUCUCCACCCUUCCCAGGCAUCAUCAGUUUCCCUCAGUGUCAUUUUUCAUUUGUUUUUAGAAGGAUGUGUAUGUGUACGCGUUCUGAAGACUACUAGUGAUCCUUUCAUUUUUGCCAAGCACUUAAAAAUGUACAGGCCUCUCCGCCAGAGACCUCAGAGAGCACUCAACCCGUCUCUGAAUAAACGUAAAAGAAAACGACAAAAAAACAUGUAUAUAACAAAAAACGAAAAGGAAAAAAAAUAAUAAAGCAAACUACCAUUAAACUGGCCCUCAGGGCAAAUGAGCUUUAACUAAAACAGAGGAAAACUCUCCUCGUAGUUUCUCAGUUACUUUCCCUCUGGUCUCAUAUUCAUUUUAUUUCGAUGUUUUCUUUUUUUUUUUUUUUGCUGUUGUACUUUUAUUUAUUUCCCGCUUGCAACAUAGCGCUUCUUUUGACCAGCAGGUCUUUUACUUUAGAGAAAAUACUCUUCUGAGGGUGAUACGUUGCUGUUCAACUAAUGCUCUGUGAAUUUUAGGCAAAAAAAAUGGUAAAAAACAAACAAGAAAAAAGAAAUGCGCAAAUGGAAAAAUUGAUAAAUACAACUUCUUUUUGUAAUUUUAAAGACCCGUGUAGGUCUUUGUUGAUCUGUCACAGUGUGAUUGUAAAUAUCACUUUUUUGGGGGUCAAAUUGGGAAGAUGAAGUCCAGAUAUUUUUUCUUCUUUAAUAUGACUUAUAAUUCAUUGAUUUGUAUUUUAAAUGGUAUUUUGUGAAUGCGUGCCGGUAUGAAUGAGCGUGUGUGAGUGUAUUUGUGUGUUGUGUAACUGAACAGCCUGUGCAGGUGAUAUCAGAAGAGUGUUUCCACACAUACACAAUCUUGCAUUAAAAUCUGUGCUCACUGGUGUGAUUUCCCCAAAAAAAGAUCUACGGCAAAAAACCAUGACGGACUGCAUGACCUGGCUCUCCAUUUAGGCUCCCCGAUUCAACCGAGCCUCUUUUUUUUUGUUUGUUUUUUUAAGCACGACUGUUUAAGUCUAUGGAAGCCGUUUCCGCCAAUGAAGAAAAAAACGUAAAACGGUAAUUGCGACUUUUAUCCCACAAUUCGAUUUUUUUGCGAUAUAUAUAUAUAUAUAUAUAUAUAUAUAUAUAUAUACUGAGAAAUAAACUCACAGUUGUGAGAUAUAAAUUCACAAUUGCGCGAUAUAACCUCACUGAAUUCCGACUUGCGAGUUUGUAGCACACAACGAGAAAAAAGUUUGAAUUGCGAGAUUAAAAAAACGUCGCAAUUACUUUUUUUUUAAAUUCAGCGUCAGAAACGGGCUUUCGUAAAAAAAGUCCCAAAUUGAAAAAAAAGGUAAUAUUGACUUUUUAUUUCGCAAUUAUUUUUUUUCUCGCGAUUGCAAGUUUCAUUUCGCAAUUCAGACUUUUUUAUCUUUUGCGUGACCGCAAAAGCGCAACAGCGAGAGAGAAAAACGGCCGGAUUCGAAAAUGGCGGCCAAAAAUGGCCUUCCGCAACUCCGAGAUCGCAAACGUACGCUUUUACGAAGAGCGUUCGCAGCCAAAAUCGUGAGGUGACUUGAUCAGCUUUGUCGAUUUACUCUCAGGUUCCACGCGCGACGUUUAGAAGCGUAAAUGCUCCAGAUUCAGGUCAAAGGCCAGAAACAUACCUUUCGCAAGUACGCAGACGUGAACACUUGGCCGACGCGCUGCAAGCCCGGUUUCCAAAUGUUUGCGCCAUCGAUCCUCAUUAUUCAGCAAUUAUUCACUCUUCGGUUCGUGUCAAUGGCGCCACCUGUGGCCACGCAUAUAAUGCACCGCAUUUCACUUUUGUGUGCUUGCAUAGAGUUUGUUUCAAGCCUGACGCAGCAGUGUUGUGUUGAAACCCGUUUCAUUUCUUUUGCCUGGUCUUGACUGACGUUAAAUCCACCAAUAUAACAUGUAAAGGUGAACUAUAAUGUUCUCAAUGUGAGAUAAUACAGCACACAGUAAAACAACAGUGGGUCUAUAGUUUUCUAGUAGCUUUUGCUAGAUGUUCUAUUGUGUUGAUCUCAUCUUUUAAGUUUCGUGGGAAAAAAAAUUAAACGCAUUUGAUCAUUUAGUCGAACGUUUUAUUUUAAUCUUAUUUUCUACUGUAGCAUACUAUUUUUAGUUGAAUAAAAAGAAUAACUUCUAAGACAUUUAAUUUGUGUACAAACCUGCCAAUUGUAGUUAUUUUAUUUGUAAAGUCAGCAAUGAUAAUUAUUUUAAAAUUGUUAUCGACAAGUUGCCCAUCAGUUAAUAUUUAAUAAUGUUUAACAGGUUUCUAUUUAUGAACAAAAUGAGAUCAAUUUUGCUUAUAACUACAAUAUUUGAAUUUUAUCGUUUUUUUGUUUCAGUUUUGUUUUUCAUUAUGAUGAUGAUGAUGAUGAUGACGAUGACAAUUGCUUUUAUUUUUUAUUUUUACUUUUUGAACGCUGGUUUUUUUCUUUCCUUGCCAGCCAGGUCAUUUUGUGUCACUAUGCCUUUUGUUUCAUUUUGUCCGUAAUAAAAACGUUAAAUGAGA